UUGGAGAUGUUGGAAAUGGUUGAAUUAAAGUCAAGACCCUUGUCGAGUCAAGAUUCAAGAAUGAUAAUCAAAUAAUCACCACGCCAUCUCUCUCUCUCUCUCUAGGAUGAUUCAGAGAUGGCACAAGAAGAAAACCCAACUUCCACUCAUAGCACUAGUCUGCUUCCUGUUCGUGUUCUGUACCAUUUUCUUUAACGAGCGCCGAUUUCAAGAAAUCCACCGUAAAGAAAAUCGGAAAGGAGAUGACAUUGGUACUCGUAAUGAUGUUAAGCAGGCGUUUUUAUCCAAACCCACACCCUCUUCCCUGAACAGCAGUCGCCUGAAAGUUCCUCCAGUGGCUUUGGAUAGAUUCAGUAGCUGCAAGUCUACAGUAAACUACAGUGGGCAGAAAGCCAGAUGGGAUAUCAAUUUGAUUCAAUCUGAUAAACAUGAAAAAGAAAAGAAGGAUUCAUGCGAUUUGUUUAAAGGCAAAUGGGUAUUUGAUAACACUUCAUAUCCUCUUUAUAAAGAGUCUGAAUGCCCAUACAUGUCUGAUCAAUUGGCUUGUCACAAACAUGGAAGGCCUGAUUUGGAGUAUCAGUACUGGAGAUGGCAACCUCAUGGCUGCAAUUUGAAGAGAUGGAAUGCAACUGAGAUGUGGGAAAAGUUAAGAGACAAAAGAUUGAUGUUUGUAGGGGAUUCACUAAACAGAGGCCAAUGGAUAUCAAUGUUAUGUCUUUUAGAGUCUGUAAUCCCUCCAGAAAAAAAGUCAAUUACCCCAAAUGCCCCUCUUACCAUCUUCCGAGCAGAGGAGUAUAAUGCCACAGUGGAAUUUCAGUGGGCCCCACUUAUAGUGGAGUCAAACUCGGAUGAUCCGGUCAACCAUCGAUUGGAUGAGAGAAUAAUGCGUCCAGAUUCAGUUCUUAGACACGCAUCUGAAUGGGAGCAUGUUGAUAUAUUGAUCUUUAAUUCAUAUUUGUGGUGGAGACAAGGCUCAGUGAAAUUGUUAUGGAGUAACGAAGAAAACAGAGUUUGUGAAGAAGCAGAAGGGUUAGAAGCAAUGGAAUUGGCCAUGGAAGCAUGGGCUAAUUGGAUAAAAUCUAACAUUGAUCCAUUCAAGAAAAAAGUCUUUUUUGUUACCAUGUCCCCUACUCAUCUCUGGAGUCGGGAAUGGGAAUCGGGAACCGAAGGGAAUUGUUACGGUGAAAAAUCUCCAAUUACAGACGAAGGGUAUUGGGGAAGUGGUUCUGAUUUAGCGACAAUGAGGAUGGUGGAUAAUGUUGUAAAUAAGUUGAAGUCGAGGGUUAGUAUUAUAAAUAUUACUCAGAUGUCGGAAUACAGAAAAGACGGCCACCCAUCAAUUUAUCGGAAAUUUUGGGAGAGUAGAAGUGCGGCGGAAUUGGCGAAUCCGAUGAGUUAUUCCGAUUGCAUUCAUUGGUGCUUGCCAGGUGUACCGGAUGUUUGGAAUGAAUUAUUAUUCCAUUUUCUAUAAAUAGAAAGUUAAUUGGACUUUUUUCUUUUUUUGAAUGUUUUGUAUUUUUAUGGUGUUGUGGGUUUUUGGUGAAAACAAGGUUUUGAAUUUGCAUAUUGAAGGUGAAUAGAAAGUGCAU